UAAAGAAGCAGUGGGUCAAAGCUUCACCAUGACUUCCUGGACAGGGAGCCGUGCCCAGCUUGUGGGAUGACCCUUCAGGCCAGUCUCUUUGCCCGCCGUGGGGUCAGAUGGUUCUUCAGGUCUUGCAGUCUCCGUUUCUCACAGGCUGUGGAAGGCACCAUGUUGCGAAAUUUCCAGAAGGUGUUGUGUGUGGCGGAGAAGAAUGAUGCUGCCAAGGGGAUUGCAGACAUACUUUCCAACAGCAGGAUGAGGCGGAGAGAAGGUCUUUCCAAAUUCAAUAAGAUCUAUGAAUAUCAAUGUCACAUGCUUGGUCAGAACGUCGCAGUGGUGAUGACAUCCGUUUCGGGACAUCUCCUGGCUCACGAUUUUAAGAUGCCGUUCAAAAAAUGGCACAGCUGCAACCCGCUUCUCCUCUUCGAUGCUGAAAUUGAGAAAUACUGCCCUGAGAACUAUGUAGACAUUAAGCGAACCCUGGAGCGGGAAAUCCAGCAUUGCCAAGCGCUGGUGAUCUGGACAGAUUGCGACCGCGAAGGAGAGAACAUCGGCUUUGAGAUCAUUGAUGUCUGCAAAGCAGUGAAACCAAGCCUUCAGGUGUUCCGAGCCCGUUUCUCCGAGAUCACGCCGCGCGCCAUCAGGAGCGCUUGCGAGAACCUGGCCCAGCCCGAUCAGAACGUCAGCGAUGCAGUGGACGUUAGGCAAGAACUGGACCUCAGGAUAGGUGCUUCCUUCACCCGAUUCCAAACACUGAGGCUCCAGAAGAUCUUCCCGGAUGUUUUGGCGGAGCAGCUGAUCAGCUAUGGGAGUUGCCAGUUCCCUACGCUGGGAUUCGUGGUGGAAAGGUUUAAAGCCAUCCAAGCCUUUGUGCCGGAGACUUUUUACAAAAUUAAAGUGACGCACGACUACGAAGGCGGCACCGUGGACUUCAACUGGAAGAGGAAUCGUCUCUUCAACCACACGGCCUGCCUGAUCCUGUAUCAGAUCUGCAUGGAGGAUCCCCUGGCCACUGUGGUGGAGGUCGGGAGCAGGCCCAAAAGCAAAUGGAGACCCUUGCCGCUGGACACCGUGGAACUGGAGAAGCUGGCUUCUCGUAAGGCUGAAAAUAAAUGCAAGAAAACCAUGAGGAUUGCUGAGAAACUCUACACUCAGGGGUACAUCAGCUAUCCUCGAACGGAGACCAAUAUUUUCCCCAAAGACAUCAACCUCCCCAGCCUGGUGCAGCUCCAGGACCCGGACCCCCACUGGGGAGCUUUUGCCCAAAGGAUUCUCGACCAGGGUGGCCCGACCCCACGGAAUGGGACUAAAUCGGAUCAGGCCCACCCCCCCAUCCAUCCCACAAAAUACACUGACAGCUUGCAGGGGAACGAGCAACGGCUCUACGAGUUCGUCGUACGCCACUUCCUGGCUUGCUGUUCCCAAGAUGCUAAGGGGGCAGGAAAACGACGGUGGGAGAUCGAGAUAGCCAACGAACGCUUUGUGGCUCACGGGGCUCAUGAUCUUGGCCAGAAAACUACCUGGAAGUCUACCCCGUAUGAGAAGUGGAGUGACAAGGUUAUCCCCGUGUACGAAAAAGGGUCUCGCUUUCAGCCCACCACUGUGGAAAUGAUUGAUGGGGAGACCAGCCCGCCCCAGCUGCUCACAGAAGCGGAUCUCAUCUCCCUGAUGGAGAAGCACGGCAUCGGUCAGUAGCAUGUU